CUGGUUCUGCUCCAGCCAACACUGCCUUUCUCGGCAUGGAGACUUUUGAGCCCAUCAGCCAAGAGCCUCUCAGCCAAGCCAGUUGCGACAAAGCCCCAAGCCCAGUUCCUGAGCUCCAGGACCCGUUCUAUGCAGAACUGCAAAGGGCAGAGAGCCUCCAAGAGAGAAGUGUGAAGGAGGCCAAGACCAAAUGCCGGACGAUUGCAUCCCUGCUAACCGCAGCCCCCAACCCCCACUCGAAAGGGGUAUUGAUGUUUAAGAAACGUCGGCAGAGAGCCAAGAAGUACACCCUAGUGAGCUUUGGGGCUGCCGCGGGGACAGGCGCUGGGGAGGAGGACGGCGUCCCUCCAACUAGUGAGUCUGAGCUGGACGAAGAGGCCUUCUCCGACGCCCGCAGCCUCACCAACCAGUCCGACUGGGACAGCCCCUACCUGGACAUGGAGCUGGCCAGGCCGAGCUCAGGCACAGCAGAGGGCCAGGGCCCGGGGCUGGGAGGGCAGCUGAGUGAGGCCUCUGGGCGAGGGGCCCAACUCUUUGAACAGCAGCGCCAGCGCGCAGACUCCAGCACUCAGGAGCCGGCCGGGAAUGGUCCAGCCGCCACGCUCAACGGGCAGGGCCUGCAGUCACCACCUCGGGCACAAAGCGCUCCGCCAGAGGCGGCUGUGCUCCCAUCCAGCCCUUCGCCGGCCCCUGCAGCCAGCCCCAGACCUUUCCUCCCUAGCAGUGGAGCCUCUACCCCAGCUCCAAGCAUCUUUAACCGGUCAGCCAGGCCGUUUACUCCGGGCUUACAAGGGCAGCGGCCAGGUACCACCUCGGUUAUUUUCCGGCCCCUGGCUCCCAAAAGGGCAAACGAGAGCCUGGGAGGCCUCAGCGCCGUCCCACCGCCUUUCCUGUCCUCUCCGCAGGGGACCACUCCUCUGCCCAGCUUCUCUUCAGGGGUUCCCAGCCACGUGUCAACCCCUGGUUCCACCAGCACCCCACGCUCCUCCGGCCCCGUGACGGCCACCAGCUCCCUAUACAUCCCAGCCCCCAAUCGUCCUGUUACGCCAGGCGGAGCCCCAGAGCCCCCCGCCCCCGCUAGCGGAGCUGCCAUGACCUCCACCGCUUCUAUCUUCCUAUCGGCGCCUCUGCGACCUGCUGCACGCCCAGAGGCCCUCGCCCCUGGCCCCGCAGCCCCUGAGCCCUCCAGCGCUCGAGAGAAGCGCAUCUCCGUGCCAGCUGCUCGCACCGGCAUCCUCCAGGAGGCCCGGCGUCGGGGGACCCGAAAGCAGAUGUUCCGGCCGGGAAAUGAGGAGACGAAGAACUCGCCCAACCCGGAGCUGCUAUCGUUGGUGCAGAACCUGGAUGAAAAACCCCGGGCUGGGGGUGCGGAAUCUUGUCCAGAGGAGGAUGCCCUGAGCCUCGGGGCUGAAGCCUGCAACUUCAUGCAGCCACCGGGGGGCAGGAGUUACAAGACUUUGCCUCACGUGACAGCUAAAACCCCGCCUCCAAUGGCUCCCAAGACCCCACCCCCUACGACUCCUAAGACUCCACCCCCAGUGGCUCCCAAGCCCCCUUCUCGAGGGUUCCUCGAUGGGUUAGUGAAUGGGGCGGCCCCUUCAGCUGGAAUCCCUGAACCACCAAGGCUUCAAGGCAGGGGUGGGGAGCUGUUUGCCAAGCGUCAGAGCCGAGCGGACAGGUAUGUGGUGGAAGCACCUGGUCCUGGCCUUGGCCCUCGGCCCAGAAGCCCUUCUCCUACCCCCUCCCUGCCCCCUUCCUGGAAAUAUUCACCCAAUAUCCGUGCCCCACCUCCAAUUGCUUACAACCCACUGCUCUCACCGUUUUUCCCCCAAGCUGCCCGAACUCUCCCUAGUAAGAUCCAAUCCCAAGGGCCUCGGGCAGCCCCCAAGCAGGGCAUUAAGGCUUUGGAUUUCAUGCGGCACCAGCCCUACCAACUUAAAAGUGCCAUGUUCUGUUUUGAUGAGGUUCCCCCGACUCCUGGACCCACCUCCUCAGUGCCUCCCAAAACUGCCCGAGUCCAGGAGAUCCGCCGAUUUUCGACUCCAGCGCCCCAGCCCACUGCAGAGCCCCUGGCACCCACUGUGCUUGCCCCCCGAGCAGCCACUACAUUGGAUGAGCCCAUCUGGAGGGCAGAGCUGGCCUCAGCCCCUGUCCUUAGCCCAGGCCCUCCUCCAGAGUCUCCCAGGGGUCUUGGGACCUCCCCCAGCUCCUGUGGCUUCCAGGUAGCCAGGCCCCGGUUCUCAGCUACUAGAACAGGAUGGCAGGCUCAUGUGUGGAGGCCUGGGGCGGGCCACCACUGAACAGGACACAGCUCCCAGGACCAAGGGGAGGUGGAACAGCUAGUUCCUAAAGUUGCUUCUACCCAACCCGCCCGCCCCCGCUCCCGCCACCCCUCCUUUGCAGGCUAAAUUCCCUCCUGCCAGAGAAAGUUUUGGAGUUGGUGUCCCAUCUCCCAGCUUCCUCCUGACUCCUAACCUCCCUGCUGCUUUCCAACCUAUAAUACUAUCUUUGCUUUGGUGUCUGUGCUUCUCUUUGUAGCUCCUUGCCUGGAUCUCUGUCUUUAACUCUGUCUCUUCACCUACACUCCUCCACUAGUCUCCAUUUCUCUACAUUUGUGCUUUUUUCUGUGGGCUUUGUUUUAACAGUCAAUGAGAAAGACAGAGAAGUUACCACUGAGACCUCAGGCAAGAAGCUCACCACCAGACAGGCAGCAAAGGGACUGAACUGACCCCUAUUUGCACGAAAUCAUUUGCUGCUCCUCACUCUUCUUUCCCAAGCUUGUCUGGCAUUUUCCUAGGUGUGUGUGCGCAAGUGUGUGCGUGCACACAGAUGUGCUCUUCUGUCUGAGGCAAGAGUAAGAGGAGCCGUCUAAAUAAAGACCCAAUCUGGGUCUUACCCUUGCACUAAUGAAAGAAGAGUCAGUUAUCCUCACAUAGAAUGUCUGGUGGGGAGAAAGAGACUCAUUAGAGUUAAAGAUCAUCAUCUGUAGCAGGUGUAGAGCAUCUGGUGAAAUUCAUAGAGUAUGAGGAGACCCGAAGGACCAGGGCAGUUUGUAUGGGUUGAGUUAUACCAGCUAGACCAGGAGUAGAACUAAGAAUUCUGUUCCUUGGGAUUUCAGAAAGUUAGCAACUGGAGAGGCCCAUGCUGAGCAACAAAGCAUCCAAGAAGUGAAAAGAAAGAAAGAAAAUGUCCUCUGAGAAUGAACAAAUCAUUGGCUUCAUUGUCUCAUGAACUUAAGACAGAAAGGAGAAAAGAACCAUGAUGUGGAAAGUGAGGUAGAAACCAGGAGCAGAACAGAAAUGAAUGAAAUUGAUCGAGCCUCAGAGAGAAGCAUGGUGAGGGAGACUACAGUGUUGGUAGAGAGUAAAAUUGGAUAAUAAGAAACCAAUCAUGUACACAAAAGGGGAAUUGGGGAGAAAUUUGAGGGAGAAGAAUGUAUUUGUUAGAGUGAAGGGGGAUGAUGGUGGAGGGAUGUGAGAGUGUGUGCUGAGUGUUGAAAGACAGGUAUCUGUGCUACCUCCUUUGAAUCUGUCCCUCUGUCUUCUGCAGCUUGUCAUAACUACCUGAGAAAGGGCAGGGAAACACCCAGAGCCAAAACCUCUUUUUAGUUCUACCCCAUCCCUCAAACCCUAGUUCUUAUUUCUUUCCAGCUUAGGUCCUGAUCUCUGAUCCUAGAGGGAUAUGGGCUCCCCUCUUACCAUGACCACCACCAGUCACGCUUGCUGCUUGAUCUGGAAAUUGAUAAUUUCCUUUGCAUAUUGAGUGUGAGUCACAGUACUUUGGUUUGUGCACAAGAAUAAACUUAUGCUCCAUAUCUUCUGUUGUUGUCAUCUCUUCUAGUUUUAUACCUAAA